AUGGACAUUUCUCCUGACUUUUUCCUCUCGCUUGGAAAUUCAGACUCGGUCUCCCAGUCAAUACAGCCUGAAGUUUCUCACACUAGUCCUCAUUGUCCCCGCAACGACACGCCUUCAGACUUUUGGCCACUACCUCCGCCUCCAUCUGUCCUCGACGAAUAUGUUGCUGCAAGUACUACAGUGAGCCCUACCUCUCCCUCUCGGGUUCUCCCGCCUGAUGCUGAAGCCUUUGGCCAAUUAGCUCUGAUCAAAUCAGAGGCAGAUACUCAUUGCGGGUGUCCAGUCCGUGAAAAAACUUUCAUCGAGGUCACACCAUCUGGCACCGUGAUCAGCAGUUCUGUUACAGCACCCUGCACAAAUUUUAUCCAUUCCUCUGUCCUACCAAAGUUCGGCCUUAUAGCAAUAGAUAAUCAGGCCUUAAGUCGCCGAGCGGAAGAGUACUCAUUGGCGACGGACACUCACCAACUGAUUGAAAUGGCUAAGGCCAGGAGCCUUCAGGCUACUUGGCUGCAGGGUACCUCCUGCACCACAACUAAACACGUUAGUUUACACCUGAGAAAUCAUAAUUUGGAUACAAGAGAAAAUUUUUUUAUUCUACUCUGUGUGCAUCAUAAGUAUUAG